AUGUAUAAUUGGCUAAAGAAGCUCAUAGAUGUUACUUAUGAUGUUGACGACGAGUGCAAGACUGAUGCUGCUUUAAGAUGCUCGUCACGAAUACUUACACCAUGUAGCGGGUACACAAUUAAGGAAUUCAUGACUGGUUCUGUUCCUUACUUUUUCUGUUCCCAGCCAACCUCACUAUCCCGUUGUACAAUUGCAAAAAGAGUUCAGAGUUUCAUACACCGAUUUGAUGAAAUUGCCAAGCAAAGGAGCCAGUUCCAUUUGAAUCCCUAUGUGACUGCUGCAGAUGUUCAAUUGGGUUCAAGACAACUGAGAGAAACUACCUCUUACGCAGAUGAACCGGCAGUUUACGGAAGGGACGAGGAUAUGGAUUACAUAGUUAAUCUAUUGCUAAACGAUGCAGAUGGAAAUGACCGUGAAGAAAGAGAUGUUUCUGUUUGUGCCAUUGUAGGGAUGGGUGGUCUAGGAAAGACUACCCUUGCGCAAAAGGUUUACCAUGAUAUAAGGUCCACAGAUUAUUUUGAGGUCAAAUGUUGGAUCUGUGUGUCCGACAAUUUCAACCCAAAAAUCUUUGUCAAAACUAUUUUAGAAUCCUUGGGUGACGAGGUUGCACAUGAUAAACACACCAUGGACUUACUACAGUCUCGCCUUCAAAAACGACUCGAUGGUAAGAGGUUCCUUGUGGUGUUAGAUGAUGUAUCGAGUGAAGAUCAGGGCCCGUGGGAGACUCUAAGGACUUCAUUAUGUUGCGGACGUAAAGGUAGUUUUAUUGUUGUAACAACUCGUCUUCAAACCGUAGCGUCGAUAAUGUCUACUCUUCCGCAUUACUCUCCUAACCCUUUGUCAGAAGAGGAUUGCUGGACUCUGUUUAAGCAACGUGCAUUUAUGUGUAAUGAAGAGAAAAACUAUCCAGAACUGGAAGCAGUUGGGAUGGAGAUUGUAAAGAAGUGCUGCGGGAUACCUUUGGCUGCAAAAGCGUUAGGAGGCUUACUUCGCUUCAAGAGAGAAAAAAAUCAGUGGUUGAAUGUGAAAGACAGUCAAAUUUGGAAGCUUUAUGGAGAUGCAUUACCCGCCUUACAAUUGAGUUAUAAACAUUUAUCUUCACAGUUGAAGCAAUGUUUUGCUUACUGCUCUAUUUAUCCAAAACAUUACCAGAUAAAAAAAAGAAGAAUUAAUAUUUUCGUGGAUGGCCAAUGGUUUUAUUCAAUCUGA